AUGCGGCAAGGCAUCGACCAGUCAGAGCAGCAGAGGAAGUUCAAGCAGAUGAAACGCCGUCAGAAUCAGCAGGGGCGACAGAUACUACAACGAUCCCAAAUAUCGUGUCCUUACCAGUUGGGGAAAAAGAAGAAGGAUAAGACAAACAAUGGCGACGGCGGGAACGACGAAGCCGAAGUGACGCCCUCAGCAUACGGCAACACGAAGAAAGCGGCAAACGUGAGCCAAGUCGCUACGAAGACGAGCAUUGUGGUGUCAGGAGCUGAUGUUGACAAGAAGAACGGAACGAGCAGCGUAAGGCGACUUACGGUGCUAGUAUGA